AUGUCCUCCCCCGCGAUUUUCGCGACACCCACCCGAGAUCCCCAACCCACAACGAAGAGGCGCACUGCCGGUAGAAGGGUAUACGGAAAGCGCAAAGCAGACGCACCGCGAGCGGUGUUCGAGCACAAGAGUCCGCCCAAGGAAACAGCAAAGGUCGCGGACAAUGUCGUGGUGGAUGCGGUGGAUGGCCUGCAGGCCAAGAUGGCCAGUGUCACGAUAGAGUCGCGGGCGGCGAAGAAUGAAAAGAGAAGGCAAGCAAAGAAGGAAGCCAAAAAGGAUUUUGAUGAGUUUUCUGUUCCCUGCGGCGCAGAGGAGCCUGUGAAGGAAGAGCCUGAUGCGCCGAAAUCAGAGCCGGACACCGCGGAGAUCGAGCCACAGAUGGAGGAGGUCCACGCCGAGCAACCGCCCCUGGAGAGCACGACAAAGGAACCACAAUGCGAGAUGAUUGCCAGUGUCGAAAUAAGCCCCAGGAAGCCAAUCCCCGAAUCAGCCGAACAGAAACUGCAAGACGAGACAGCCACACAACCCAGAAGACAGGCCGCCCCCGCAAGGAAGAAGAAACCCACCCCGCGAUUAUCAUCCGGUUGCGUCCAAGACGAGAAAGCCAACGAAUACGCCCGUUCAAUUCUCAACGAAGCUUUAUCGCCGAUCGCCGCACAGGGUGUGCAGAAGUUCGGCUCAUGGGCUGCUCGUGGGGGUAAUAUGCUGCAGGUGGUGAAGCUCGCGGAGGGAUCAUACGGUGAAGUCUACAAGUUGCGCCUCCGGGAAGAGGUUUGUAAGCAGGAAAUGUCGAAGUCGAAAUUGGCGAAGCUGCGCGCGUACGGUGAUGGUGUGUUCAAAGUGGUUCCGCUGCGAGCUGUGAAGGGUCUUGGUUCGAAGAAGUUCACCAGUGUCGAUGAAAUCGUGUCAGAGGUCAAGAUGCUCAAGUAUCUCGACCCGAUUCCUGGAUUUGCUCGGUUCAGGGAGAUCCAUGUCGUCCAGGGUCGUUUCCCGGAGUCGUUCCAGGAGGCAUGGGACUACUACAAGAAGACUAAAGAUGAUUGUUUGAACCCGAACCCCGCGAACAAGAGGGCGUACCCAGACUCACAGAUGUGGGCAAUUAUUGAGAUGGAUGAUGCCGGAUGUGAAUUGGAGAAAUUUUGUUGGUCGUCCGUGUUCCAGAUCUACGAUAUAUUCUGGGGUGUUGCGAUGGCUCUUGCACGCGCGGAGGAAUACGCAUUGUUCGAGCAUCGGGAUCUCCAUCUUGGAAAUGUUUGCAUUCGAUCUACGCGCUCAGACGGCCGCAUGGAUCCGCCUACCGAUCUCGAGAUUGUAUCACGAACGCAUUCCAGUGGCUACGGUUUCAGCACCCUCGAAACAACUCUUAUUGAUUACUCGCUUUCUCGUGCUGAGUUGCGGCUCAGUGAGGAUCCAAAUGCACCACCCGAAGUGGCUUCUUCGGAUCUGGACAAGAAGCAACUAUUCGAUGCUAUCGGCCAUGAUGAGGACGACGCCUUGCUGCGAGACACAUAUAGACAUAUGCGCUCUGAGCUAUAUACCGGAAACCCAGCAAACCCAGAAAAGCCAGCAGAUGUCCCUGGAAUCUGGUCAGAAUACGCCCCCGGAACCAAUAUUGUCUGGCUCCGUUUCCUACUCAAAAACCUACUGAAGAAUAAGAAGGAGGACGUCCAGCCAACACAACCACAAACAACACAACGAAAGCCUCUGGCACCCUGCUCAUCAAACAAGCAGAACAUCAUAAUCAGCAAACAGCCUGGACAGAAGCAAGGGAAGGACUCUGGGAACAAGCCUCUUGUACAAAGGAUAGACACCGCAGAAACACAGCUACAGGUCACUCAGUGGAGGAAGAUUCUCGACGAUAGACUAGAAGCUGUCCUUGACUUGUUGGAUCUCGAGCAUCGUCACGAGGAUAUGUGUUGUGCUGCCGAUUUGGUGGCAUAUGCGAUUGACUCGCAGUGGUUGGACGAGGAGGAUUUCUUUUGA